UACGAUCGGGAAGCGUGUGUAAUCUUAUGCAGAAUCUGUAUUAGUGUCGAAUUUCGGUAAUCGAACGAAAGUGGCGGUGAGAAAAAUGAGAAGAAAAAUUAAAGCGUCAAGACGUAAUUGAAAAAAAUCUUCACAUUACGAAUGAGUGCAGUUCGGGCGUCUACCACUAGAAGUUGGUAGCCUGACUUCAGUGUAGCUUGAGCUUCUGUUCCGCGAGCAUAACGAUAAGCCUGCCUUAGAAACGAGCGCACUAAAACGGUAGCUGGCGCGACUUAGGCCUUUUUAAAAAUAAAUUUUCUCGCGCAGUGUCAAUAAAAAUUUUGUGAUUUUUUCGCCUGUUGCCGCACGCAUUUUCUUAUUUGUUUGAAGUGUUGUGUGUCUAUUUAGGUUAAACAUUUUGAUGUGCCCCAUAUAAAAUUUUUGGAUUAUGAAAAUUAUGUCGACUACUCGAAUGAAGUAGUGCGGCUAUGACGAGAUGAGGAGAACCGAGCGCUCGAUUCAAAGCGGGCACGGUUGACACCUGAGAAGAUGACACAUUUUCAGCACCUCGAAGGAUCCCGGCACCUCGAUGUGUCCAACGUGAUCAAGUACUGCACUGAUAAGGCGCGGUAAAAAAGCUUAAGGGAAAGGACACUGGUGGCCAAUUCCCUAGACAUGUAUUAUUUAUCGUUCGUGAAAUGUGUAUGUUUUAUAUUCCUAGUGCUGUUAGCAUCAUUUUUAAGUUGUUCUGGUUUCCACAUAGAUAGAAUGGCGACGAUGAGCGAUAUUAACAAAAGAAAUUCCUUUACCUCAACUAGUUUAAGUUCAAAUCCUAACGUUUUUAACAGGCUUCUUGCCAACAGUAACUUUUCCUCCACCUCCUCAAUACAUAAGCACAAAAAGAACCUCACCUCCACGUACGAUUCGUUCCAAAACCCAUCAGACUAUAGUAGUAACAGCGGUAGUUCGAUAAGGCAAACCAGACAUCUCAGAGCGAGGUAUCGAAAGAACAAUCAGAAAACCUCGAAAGCUCAAGCUUCACAAAGCGAACCUCAUGAACCCACCGGCAGAAUAGACACUUACGUCUUUCUGCCGAACGACGAAAUUUCGGCCAUGUCGCGUUCCCAACGAUCGCCCGACAAAAAUAAGAAUCAACAGCAGAAUCAACGCAACAAAGCCUACCACUGUCAAAGACAGGACGUUGCGAGGAAAGCUUUCCUAGCGAAUACAGUCGUAAGGGCAAAGGCAGAAAGUAUGAGCCUAAAUCGUAUCCACAACUACUCGAUACGUUGAGACUUACUUUUUCGAGCGACACGAAAGAUAUGAACUGCGAUAUCGAAGGCCACAGAAGGCCGCACGAUCUAGUCAAAGCACAAAUACAGCAAUCGAAAGAAUAUUACCUAUUUCUCAAUAGUCAUGGUAUG